UAAGCCGCGCCUGCCUAAACGUGCGCACCACCAACGAUAAGAUAUAAUAGUAGUUUUCUACGUAUGUUUACAUAUAUGUCUUUAAAUCUGUGUGUGUGUGAUAUUACUAUAGAGCUUUGUACGAUAUACGAUUUUGUGUAGAUUCGCGCUCGAUCAAAAUCACCGUGGUCUGGUUUUGGUAAAAAAACGUGAAAGAAGGACGACAAGUUGUCGAGUUUUUAAAAAUAUAUAUUAUCUCAAGUACAUUUCAACGUCCGUUAAGACAAGCGUCAUUCAGUGGCGUCAUCCGGUGAUAAAGAUCCGUCAGAGAAGAGACGAAAUGCGGGACGAAAUCGUUACAAACGGCUAGUGCUAUUGAUUGACUGUGCGAUUGGUUAAACUAGAAUUACAUGCAAGUAUGGCUGCUCUGCCGUCACCCACACAGGUGGCUGGAAGCCAUGAAGCGAUUUAUGAGGCCUACUACAACCAGGCGGAUCCGAAAGGAUGUGGAAGAAUUGAGGCGAUGGAUGCAGCGAGAUUUCUCAAAAAGUCCCAGCUGAGUGAUGUGAUACUCAGCAAAAUUUGGGACAUGGCUGAUCCCCAGUCUAGGGGUUCACUUGACAAGACGGGCAUGUUUGUCGCCCUUAAAUUAUGUGCCUUUGCUCAGGCUGGACGCGAAUUAAACAUCGCCAAUUUGAGUCAAGAUAUACCUCCCCCGAAGAUGGGUGACAUCAAACCAGUCGUCAAAAAAACACCGGCUGUUCCUCCCCCACCUGUUAUUUCAGCAGUCAUCAGUAGCGAUUGGUCGAUAAAACCGCAUGAACGCAUUAAAUACGAUCGUUUAUUUGAUGAUUUACACCCGACAAAUGGCUACAUACCGGGUAAUCAAGUUAAAGGCCUGUUAAUGGACAGCAAACUGCCAAUGGAAACGCUAGGGAAAAUAUGGGAUCUUGCUGAUAUUGACAAAGAUGGAAUGCUCGAUAGGCAUGAAUUUGUCGUCGCUAUGCAUUUGGUUUAUAAAGCCUUGGAAAAGCAUGCAAUUCCAAGUGUACUGCCACCAGAAUUGAUGCCAGCGGGAAAGAGAAAAGAGGCUCCUCUUAUCGCUGAUUUACCUGCUCCAGCGAUGGUAGCUGCACCUAUACCACCUAUUCCACCGCUACCAAAUGCAUCCGCGAUCAAUAAUUUAGUGGGUCUGCAGUCUGUCAAGCCUCCACCGCAGCAACAGCAUGUGCAGUGGGUCGUUUCAGUCGAGGAUCAAGCUGCUGCCGAUAAAUUAUUUUUACAAGCUGAUAUGGAUAUGGACGGGUUUGUCUCAGGUACUGAGAUCAAAGAUGUGUUUCUUCAGAGUGGACUUCCACAAACUAUACUCGCUCAUAUAUGGGCUCUUUGUGAUUUGGGUCAGAGUGGAAAGCUUAACAAAGAACAAUUUGCUCUCUCGAUGUGGCUCAUAAAACAAAAGUUGAGAGGAAUCGAUCCUCCUACUGCACUCACGCCGGAAAUGAUACCUCCGUCUUUAAGAAAAUUCACUGACGGUGGAGUAGCGGAGAACAAUAAUGUUCCUACUUAUUCAAAUCCCGAACUCGAUAUGAUAAGUAAAGACAUUGCUGACUUAGCUCGUGAGCGACGUCUAAUGGAACAAGAUAUUGCACAAAAAGAAGCAGAUAUUAAGAUAAAAAAUGGUGAAAUAAAAAGCCUACAGAGUGAAUUAGACACGUUAGCUGCGACUUUAAAACAAUUAGAAAACCAACGAGGAGAGGCACAAAAGCGACUAAAUGAUUUGAAAGCACAGAGGACUGACGUAGAAAAAGAAUUGAACGAAGUUGAACAAGAAAUCCGUGUACAGCAGGAAAAGGUGGAUAAAUUGCGCCAGCAAGCAGAAGAACAAGAGUCAGUUUUAAAAACACAAGAAGAUGAGCUUAAUAGUAAGCGACAGGAAUUAGAAGGACUUCGUCAAGAAGAACAGCAGCUUGAGCAGCAACAAAACACGAGUAGAGAUCAAUUAAAUGAGUUGACUAAAAACCUACAAAAUACUCAGCUCCAAAUAAGUCAAGCGAAAGCCAAAAUAACGCAUUUGGAGGAACAGCAACGACAAAUGACUGAUGUAAUUGCGAUUUAUGACUCAGCCUUAGCAGCAGGAGAUCCCAAUCUUGUCCCGGAUACUAGUCUACAAUUUAAUCCGGAAAUUAAUGCACCUGAAUUUGAAAAUGAAAGUUUGACGAAACUGAAUGGUUUGGAGAACGAAAAUCAAGGAACUAAGGCUGUAAAUUCCUUCAUAGGAAUGAAUGGAUCAUCUGAUGGGUUUGAAAAUCAAAACGAUCCAUUUACGUCCAAUAAAGCUAAAGAUACAUUUGGAAAUAGUGAAGGUGAUCCAUUUACUAAUUUCGAUGGAAGGAGAAUAUCUUCUGGGUUUGCUAGUGAUCCCUUUGCUGCGAAAAGCAAAGAAGAUUCUUAUGAUCCAUUUGGUGACAAUAAGAGAAAUGAAAAACCUGCUACGGAAACUGCAAAAGAUCCAUUUGGAGAUGAUCCUUUUGCAAAUCUUCACGCGCCAACUCGCGCUGAAAGCCCGAGUCCUGCACUCCCACCUAAAAAAGCUAAACAACCACCACCAAGGCCUGCACCUCCUCGGCCUGCUAGUGGACCGACAGGCCCCCUCCGAGCAGCACCUGUUCCUCCCACGCCUUCACCGACACCUGAUCCAUUUUCAAACUCCAAUUCAGAUCCAUUCGCUGCUCAAAAUGAUAACAACAAUGGAAACCCUGGUUUUGGAUCAACUGCUACUGGAUUUGCAGACUUUGCAAAUUUCGACGCCAAGCCGGAUUUACAACCCACUCGUACGGCACCAGCGAGGCCAAUAAGCAGACCACGUGCUACACCAACGCCAACUCAAAAGCUACCCGACUUUACGGAGGAUCCAUUCAGAGACUACCGAUAUGAAGAUCCAUUCGAGAUUGCAGAUCCAUUCGCCGACGAAGAUGACGCUAAUGCUAAUAAGAAGAGUCAAGGAAACAUCAACACCAACGGCCGUAAACUUGAUCCAUUUGGAUUUGAGACAACUGCAACACCUGGAAAUAAUUCUUUUGCGGACAAUGAUCCCUUUGAAAAGGGCUUCGAUUCCGACUUUUCAAAGGCAUUUUCUUCAAUAAAAGAAAAUACUGAUAAAGUGGAUAAUUUUAUGACUGACACGAAAAACAAUUCAUUCAAAAGCAUAAAUGAAUUUGACUUUUCAAAUAAUAGUAUCACUGAGACAACGAGGCCCAUUAACAAACCAAUUAAUUUUGAUGAAGCUUUUGCACCAAGAAAAAAUGAAAAAAAUAUAAAUUACUCAGAUCGAAAUACCGCUCAGGUGUUCGAAGACAUGUUUACUAAUGAUAAUACUCACUCAAAUAAAAACAAUAACGGGAAUGCGACAUGGAACGGGCGAAAUAAUGUAUCGAAGGCGCUCUCAGAACAACAGCAACUCGCUUGGGCCUCGCAGCAAAGCUUGCGUGCAGAAGAGGAACGGUCUCGGCGCAAAGCUCAAGAGGAAGCUGAUUUUGCUUAUGCGAUUGAGCUCAGCAAGCAGGAAAACGCGGGCAAGUUUUAAAUUUAAAUAAAUAAAAACUAAAGAUAACUUGAAUUUAAAUAAUUGAAGCGAGUUGGUGCUCAAUGAAACAAGAAUUGUUAACAAUAUUUAGCAUAAUAACGAACUUUUAUUCGUCUAUUUAUUAUAAUAUGACGAAAAUAAGAUAAUGCGCGUGGCAUGUUGUACUGUCUCUUUUGCCUUCAACCAGUAUUUAUUCUGUAUUACGCGCCACACGAAUCCUAAAUUUAAUUUACUUCAAUUCUUAUAUAUAUGCCUUCCCAAACAAAUAAUAUUAAUAAAAUAUAUGAUAUAAUAUUAAAAAAUUAUAAGCACAGACUAUAACGCAUUAUACAAAAAAUGAUGAGUGUGAAUGUAGCAGACAUCAGACAAAUUUUAAAUUAUAAAUAAAUUGAGUAAAUAAUUUAAAGAAUAAUAUUCAAAAUUUUAUUUUAUUAAUUAUUUAUUCUAUUAAUUUAUAAUUUUAAAUUUGUCUGAUGCCUGCUGCAUUCAUACUCAUAAAAAAUGAUAGAAAAAAAAAUUAUGUUAUUUUAAGUAUAUGAAAAAAUAAUAAUACUAUUAAAAAGAGUAUCAUUGUGUUUGAUUAGUUAGUAAGGUAUGCGUAUAAACUUCAUAUCAGAUAACGUAAAGUACGUAACGAGCAAUAGUUUAAUGACGUUACUUACCGAAAUAAUAAAAUUAAUAACUACUUGUUUAAAAGUAUACAAAAGUUUAAUGAAAACUUGAAUGAUUUUUUACUUUAAGUUUAUUCGUGUAUUGCUCGAUACGUUCCAAAGACUACGGUGUUCAAGUUUAAAAUAUAAUUAAAAAACCAUUGAAUCACAAUUAAAUAGUCUAUUUGGAAAAGUUAAUUGUGCGUAUUUUUGAGUUUAAUGUUAUCUAUAACUGUUACUCAAUCAUUUUUGUUAUUUACGAUCAUUGCUACGUACGUUUGUAUAACUUUUUGAUGUAUAUAUUCUCUUCGUUAUACUUCAUAGUCAUUCUUAAAUAAUUACUUUCAUUAUUAAGACGAUCAAUCAUUGUUACGUAUUAUCUUUUACUAUUUACAUUUAAUAUUUCGUUUUAUUUUUUUAAGAUUCUCUUUUUUGUCUUUUUUUAUUCAUUCAAAACUGCAUCGAAAAUUGAAAUUUCUUGGGGUAAGAAAAAUUUUUCAGUAUGAAUUAGAAAUAAAAAUUUUAUAAGGACUAAAAAAAAUUUCUUGAGGCAAGAAAUUUUUUUCUCACCUCAAAAAAAAUUUUUCUUGGUUCAAAAAAAAAUUUUUUUUUAUUCAUAAUGAAAAAUUUUCUUGGGUUGAUUGGAAAUUUUUUGCAGCAAGAAAUUAUUUUAUUUUUUGUAUGGGUAAUCGUUGACUUCAUAGUGCGUACGAAUAUAUUUUAAUUUAAUAUCUCUGUAUAUAUCGGAGUUUCCUCAUAAUUGAGAUUAUCAUAAAAAAAAAAAAAAAUAGUAAUAACAAAGUACGUUAUUUGAAAGAAUAUAAUUCUUUUUUUUUGCUUUGUAAAAAAAUUAAUUUUAUAUUAAUGAAAAGAUUAUUAAGGAAAAUGCCGUAGGUAUGAGAAAAUUAAGUAAAACCGCUGAUCUACUUUACAAUAAGAUUAAAUAUUAUACAAUUUAUUGCAAAGUAGCAUGAAGCUGUUUUAAAAUUUAUUAUCAACAAUAUUUAUUUAUUAUUUUGUUUUUUAAUUUUAUUAUUUAAGCCAAUAAAAAUAAUUACUCGCAUAAUUGAAAUGCCUGUGGUCAGGUAAAAAACAUUAUUAUUAUUACUAUUAUAUAUUGUUUUUGUUUUCACAACGAAUAAAUUUAAUGCGAUUCUCUUUAAGUAUAAUUUAUUUAAUUGAAAUUCUUUAUAAUGGUCAAAGCGAGUACAUAGACAAUAGCUGAUGAAAUAAAUAUAUCUAUUCAUGUAUGAACGAAUAGUUUACAGUGAAAGAGAUAUAAUAUAUGUUACAAAUGAUAAUAAUAAAAAUCAAUACAAAAUAAAAUAUAUAAAAAAAAAAAUUAAUAAAUAAUAUGCAUAUUAAUUAUGAAUAUAAAAAUGGCAUUUAAUGGUAUAUUGUGUGACGAGGGAUGAAACAAAACGAUUUCAGACCAGAGUGAAGUUGGCUGACUUCACCCGCAGGAAAAUCGUGUUUCAUCUUGAGUUGCACACUAUAUUUUUCAUGAUUGCCUGCAUUGGAACGUUAAGUUUCAGUGUCAGCAGCCGGUCAGUAACAAGUUAAUUUAAGACCAAUGGUGUGAUCAUUAAAUUGUCAUUUGCAAUUUAUAAUUAAGAAGAAACUCUAAAUACUAUUUAUUAUUCACACUAAUUUUUAUAAAACUUAAUUACAAAAUGAGAACUGUCAUUUACAUAAUAGUAUAUUACACAACUAGGGUGGAAAGUAGGACAUUCUAACCCGCGUGUAUGAUUGUGUCCUACUUUUCUUCGUGUUAUGUUUAUGAUUUUUCACCAGAUCUACACCUGAAAGUUUAAAUUCCUGCCCCGUUUGGAGGGAAGAAAGUCGUUCUUUUUAUUUAUGAGAAAACAAAUGAUAAAAAUUAGCGCAUGCGCGAUUCUUUCUACAAACAGAAGCAAAAAUUUUAACUUUCAGGCGCAGGUCUGGUAAAAAAUCGUAUGCACACCACGAAGGUAGGAUUCGCCUUUGGCUCGGGUAAGUACUUAUACACGUGGCUUAGAAUGUCCUACUUUUCUCCCUAGGCGUGUAAUAUACUAUUUCACCAGACCUGCACCUGAAAGUUCAAAUUUUUGCCUCUGGGAAGAAUAGUGUCUGCGCUAAAUUUAUCAUUUCUUUUCUCGUUAAAGAAGAGAACGACUUUCUUCCCUCUAAACAGUGCAGGAAUUUAAACUUUCGUCGCACGUAUGGUGAAAAUAAAAUAAAUGGUCUGUAAUAACUCAUAAACAAGACAAGUAUCAGAGUUUAAAUUGCGAAAGCCUUCAGUCAACGGGCAGAAACAUUAAUUGUUUCUUCCCAAGCAAAACAAGUUUGUUUCUGCCCUCUGACUGGGCAUUCACAAUUUACGCGUUUGCUGAUAUUUAUUCGCGACAUUGGACUGAAAUUCGCUUCUUUUGACUGGCUGUCGAGACACCGAAACAAAGUUUCGAUGCCGGUAUAAAAAUAUAUAAAAACAUUUAAUUUAAAAAAAAUGUAUGAAUGGAUAAAAGCGUGAGAUCGAGUAUGGUGCCUAUUUAAGAGCACAAGAAAUGAGAUUACUAGUACUAGUAGUGUGUUACGUUACCAAUGUAUAUAUAUAUAAACAAAUUCAAAACGAAAUUAUAAAAUGGUACAUAUUAAUUAAUUAACCGUCAUCCAAUCGCGACAAAAUUCAAACGACGUUAUCUUUAAUGAUCAUUAAUAUUUCAUAACUCAAAAAAUAUAUCACGUAAAUAAUUUUAACUGUUAUUUAAAAACAAGACAAAUAAAUUACUAAAAUAAUAAUCGCAGGAUUGUGCAGAAUUCAUAAAAAAUGUUAAGACGAUUUUUUUCUGUGUGCAUGCAUUUAGUCAUUUAGUCGCAAUUUAAUAAUGCUAAUAAAAAUCGCAAUAAUAAUAAUGAUAAUGAUAAUAACCAUAACCAUACAAGGUAUAAACUUAAAGAUACAUCAUUAUAUACAUAUAUAUCGUUCUUAUACACUUACUUAAAUUUCCAAGCGCUAUAAAAUUUUAAGAGAAACAAAGAAAAAAAAAUCGCCGAGUUGAAUUUACUCAUGUAUUUUGAGAAUAUAUUGUUGAUUAAACGUAGCUUACUUUAACAUACGUUUUGCUUCUUAUAUAUAUAUUAUAAUAUAACUAUUUAAUUAGUAAGAGUGAAAAAAUAUUUAUACGUACGACUGUGGGUUUGUUUUAAUGAGAACAGGAGAUAAAAAUGGCAAUAAAUCUUUAAAGAUUAUUAAUUUUAAAAAACAUACAUGUAUACAUAUAAAUAUAUAUAUGUGUGUAAACAUGAAUUGAGAUAAAAGAUGAAGCAAAAAAUAAGGGCGGUAAUAUAGCUUUGUAUAUAAAUGUAUCAAUUAUAUAUAUAAAUAUAUAUAGAUUAACUGAACCUGAAGGAGAACAGGGAGUACUGAAGGUUUUUUUCUCUAGCUGAUGGUGGAAACAAGGGCGUAAAGACGAAAACAAGAACAGAGUAAAUAAAUAAGUAAAACAAAAUUGAAUGAGUUAAGUUAAGUA